AUGUGGUAAAUUGACCACAUGUGAUUGGUCAAUUAACUGAUGAUUGACAGGAUAGUGGAUAGGUGUAUUGUGUCUACAGUAAAUAUCAGUGACAUGCUAUAAAUAGUAACAAUCACGUUCAAAUCCGGGUCAUGAAAUAAAAAUAUAACUUUGAAAAAUUACGCAUCUAAGACUUAGAAAAUAUGCCGACAGAAGUAAAGCAUGGAUUUACAGGGGAAUGUUUUCCUGAUCAUUUCAAUCUCAAUGCCAGACCUAAAAUAAAAGAACAAAAACCUGGUCAGCUCUCCGAUGAGGAAAUAGAACAAUUUUUCACAAAGGGAUAUGUCGUUAUUGAAAAAUUCUUCACAACAGACGAGUUAGAACCCUGUAAAGAUGCUGUCAAUGAUCAGCUUGAAUGUCUUGCACAAAAGUUGUAUAAAACAAAGAGAAUUAAGAAUUUAUACAGAGAACUUGGAUUUUACGAGAGAUUAACAGCAAUAGAGGCAGAAUGGCCAGGAGCAAACAUUCUCAUGCAUAAAGGGGAUGGUUUACCACAGGCAUUCAAAGAUCUAUGGACAAACGAUCGUCUGUUAAAUGUUGUAGAGCAGCUAAUAGGCCCAGAAAUUUCUGGACAUCCGGUAUGGAAUUUGCGUACAAAAACUCCUCAGAGCGAGGCAACAACCGUACCAUGGCAUCAAGACUGUGGUUACCUUGACAAUGACUGUUACAAAACCCUACAGCCGACAGCAUGGAUUCCAUUGAUAGAUGCUACUGAAAAAAAUGGUUGCAUGCAGGUGGCAAGCGGAGGGCAUCAGAAGGGUCUUGUUGCAACUCACCAAUGUUGUUAUGGCAAUACAUGGUAUGUCAUGCUAGAAGAAAAAGAGAUGGAGAAAACAUUAGACAUUGAUUUGGAGAAGGAUAUAAUCACCGUCCCUGUACCUUAUGGAGGCAUGCUUCUUUUGAAUAACCUUAUACCACACAGAAGUUUACCGAAUAUGAGUAACCAGAUAAGGUGGAGUCUAGACCUGAGGUGGCAGAAACCAGACCUUCCAGCAGGAUUCUGGGGACUUAAAGGUUCUUUAUUACUACGCUCAGCAAAGGACCCAGACUAUAAAAUUGAUUGGACCGAAUUUGAUGGUGUCAACAGACGAGAAAAACAGAGAGAUGCUGUGGCUGAUGUACUUCCGCCAUCAGAAGACUGGGACUUUGAGACUGCAUUGGAAGGACCUUGGAUGAAGAAAUGGGAGAUGACUCAUAUGAACAGACAUACUGAUAAAUUGAAAGAUGGGAUUUCUGUCAGUUGGCAUAACAUGAAUAAGGCUUAAAACAUUCUUCUGCAGAAAUUGAUAAAUGGAAAUUUGAUGAUUGCAUAAUCAAGUAGGAAAUAUAUUAUUGUUGGUUGAAAACAUUAUAAACUUAUAAAACUAAUUGUACCAUGUGCAAUCUUUAUUUUAUUAGUUUGUUUAAUCAAUAUUCAAAAACAGUUAUGCAGACCCCCUUGAACUUUUGAUCUUUCUUUUAUAAUCAAUGUUUAAAUUUUAAUACUGUAUGCACUGAUCAAUAGCUGCAAAUUAUUGUCUAAAACUCAAAAGCUAUUUAGGGUGACCAUGUUGUAUGAGAUUCAAAUAAGAGUGAAAUGAAAUUUAAUUGUUUUUCAGUUGGGCCAUGUCUAUAUGUUACACAAUUGUACAGUAGUAGUAUUAAUUACUGCUACAUAAUGAAGGAUUCAAAUUAAAGUGUGUUUUGUACAAUAUUCAUUUGUUAGAAGACACAAAAUGAAGGUACAAUGUAUAAUGGAUAUGCAAUGAAAUUCAUUUAAAUAUUUAUUAAAUGUAAAGGCGUUUGAGCUAUGAAAAUAAUUUAAAAAUAGUCAGCCAAUUCAUUUGUUUUCAUUUCUUUUCAUUUUUAAAUUUGCAAUAUGAUGAAAUUUGGCUCGGCAAAUAAUUUGAAAUUGUUUUUUCACAAAUGGCCCACAACCCUCAAAGUAAAAGAAGCUUGCUAAUGUUAAUAAAAUUACUGUUAAAAUUUAUUUCAAGUGAUAAAAAUUAUCGAUCUUUAUUAGGUGUUGUUGUAUCAGACAAAUGUUUGAUUUCAUUAUAAAUACAUAGCAAAUUAUUAUGCAUGCGUUGAUAUCAUUACAUAACAUAGAGCACAAUGCUUAUCAUUUGAAUGUGAAUCUUGUUUUAAACGGAUAAUUUUGUAAUGAUUUGUUUUUUUAAACUUAUAUUAGUUUAAUUGAUGCUUUCUUAAAGCACUUGUUUGAUUUUUGAGAACUGCACGUUGUAUUUUCAAUUAAACAUCAAUGUAUUUUACCUUUAAAUUGUCAUUAGAAAAAUUAUAUGUCUAGAAUCUGUUCGAUUGAUGUUGUGCAAUGUAUUUGUAUUGGUCAGGUUUAUGUCAAGUAAUGCUUGUUACAUUGAUAUUAUACAUUACUUAUAUAGAUUGAGUUUUGAAAUAUUGAAGACACAAUACUCGCUAUCAAUCAGUACAUUCCAUUAAUGCUUUCAGUUGUAUAAUUUAUGAAUUUCAUUUAAAUGGGCACAUGAUACUUUUUAUAAGCGGAUGUAGCUGAUAGAACAUUAAAACAAAAUCAAUAUUUGUC